GGGAAUGAGUUUCCCAAGUUGCUUGAGAAAGUAGUUGUCAACCGUGAGGAGGUCAAUGAGGCUGUUGAAGAAAAUGUCAAUAUGAUAGAUAUCAAGGAGCCGGAGAAUGAGGAGGGGGCAGAAUAUGUGGAUUUGACGAUGCGUCAACCUACAUUAAAGUCAAACGUAGCUGAGGUUGAUUGCAAGUUGGCAAUAGGUUCUGUUGAACAUAUUGUUGCUUAUGCCACUGUUAUGGAGUGCGAGGAUCCUUCCCAACUCGUUCAUGGCACUCCACUAGGGGAUGGUAAUGUGCGUGUUUCCAUCUAUGCCGCGCUUGAGGAGAAAACAAAAGUGCCAUUUCCUGUGAAAGAUGAAAUUGAAACAGUGAAGCAGGCUAUGGGGAGUUGGGUCGCAUGGCCUAAACACCUAGUCAUAAAAUCUGCAGUCAAGGUAAGAACUGUGUAUAAUUCAACCUGUAGCUACUUUGAUAACAUUCAUUUGUUUAUAGAAAUUCACUUAAUUGUAGAUAUGCAGCUUAUAUUUAUGAUUUGUACCUUACAUUUAUUUUCUUAUUCUAGAAACCUACCAAGGAUAAAGCUGAUAAGAAGAAGAAAAGGAAAGAGAUAGGGGAAGAGGACUCGGAGAUUGAAUUUGGCUUGGCCAAAUUGGCACCAUCGUUGCCAGCUUCAUUGAAGAUGUUAUGUUUGUGGGGUGAGGAUGCAUUCAAAGAUGGGAAUACAAUCAACUUCUACAUGGAGCCUGAAGUGUUUGGAUAUUCUCGCAAGACAUUUAUAUUGGGAAAAGAUGUUAGGCGACUUGCAAGCAUGAGGGAAGUAACUGGAACUUGCAUUGCUGUGUAUCAAAGGUACCUCUAUGAUAAGUUGAAGGCUUAUAAAAUGCUGGACAUGGUUGCGUUUGUUGACCCUUCACUUAUUGGUGCUGUGGGGUGUGGGAAUGGAACUGUCAAGGCCCAACACAUCAAAGAUAGGCUUGUAACUGCUAAACCAGGGCAGAUGUUCAUGCUGCCAUAUAACUCAGGGUAAGUU